AUGUCUGCCAAGAAUGCAGCUCGAGUAGGGCAGCCUAUCUCGCUUUUUCCGCAUGCAGUGGGCACACUUUCGGGACAAUUUGGUGACAAGGUUUUAAGGGAAUUGUGUGCAAGAUCGAGUGUGAAAAACCACUACGAUGCUCAAAAUGUCAGAAAACCAUCUACUGCUCAUUGCCAGAAAGUUGACUGGAAGGUGCACAAACGCAGCGUCUGCACCAAGCCGGCCAUCUUACACAAGGUGGACAAAAUGAUGAAAAAAUGGGGUGGGCCGGGGUCGGCAAUAGACAACGUCAAGAGGCGCCGGCGGAACCCGAUUCCUGCGCACAAUUGCGAUGGUUGUUUAUUGCGAUUCCGUGGUACUCCUCCAGAGGACGAGUAUGAUGUAGAGGAUGUAGGCGACGCCUUCAAGCGGUGCACGACUUGUGAUUACACCAUUUGCGAAAUUUGCACGUAUUCAGAUAUGCAAGGCGUGCCAUACUUUUAUCGUCCACCAGGCACUUGCCGCUGUCUCAAGUCAAACUUUGGCGAAAGCUAUUGCUUGUCGUCACCCUGUUAUCUUCAUGGUGAUGGCAGUAAGCCAUACCAUGGUGAUAGACAUCCUGAUAUGGCCAGCAGUGGGUAUGGCGAAGAUGCAUUUGAAGCAAAGAAGCGGCAGUGCAGGACGUGUGGUGUGAUUGCGCGAUGCUUGAAGAAAGAGCAUCUCAAGGAUGCUGUGGCGCUAUGA